UGUUUUUCAGGAAGUUGGGUGUUUGACAGCUGAGACAGAAAAUAGAUCACAGGGACCGCUCUCAAAGAAACGAAUAAAUAAAGGAUAACUACUCAAUCAUCUGUACAAGCCUGUAACCCAAUACACUAUGUCAAGGCAAUCCAACCGAACCACAGACGGCAAGAAGAUGAACUCAGAGCUGUUCACUCUGACGUACGGAGCCCUGGUAACCCAGCUAUGUAAGGACUAUGAGAACGACGAGGAGGUCAACAAACAGCUGGAUAAGAUGGGAUAUAAUAUCGGAGUGCGUCUCAUCGAAGACUUCUUGGCGCGCUCCAGCAUUGGGAGGUGUCAGGAUUUCAGAGAAACGGCCGAUGUCAUCGCUAAGUACUCCAACCUGCUGUGUGGGGUACUCCGAGGAGCUCUGGAGAUGGUACAGAUGGCAGUGGAUGUGAAGUUUGCUCAGGACACCCUGAGAGGAGACAAUGUCACAGAGAUCCGCAUGAAGUUCAUCAAGAGGAUGGAGGAGAACCUUCCGGCCGGAGAUGAGUGAGAGAAACAGAGAGAGGGACAAACCACCACCCUCCACCACUCUUCUCUUCCCACUCUCCAUCCAUCCUCAAUCUGAUGUCACUCAAGGAGGUACGGAGAGAGAGAGAGAUGUAUAAUGAUAAACCCUUGACUGAAAGAAAGGAGAGACCGAGAAUCAAGAAAUCAAGUCCUUGGGCGCGUCGGAAAUCCAUCUUUCUCUCCUUGUCUCCUUUCCUUCCUCUGCACUGGUCUAAAUACAAAGGUCCGACAGGUGGAAGUUAUAUGCGUUUUGCCAUAUAUGAUGCAUUUUACAUCAGGAUGAUGUGGCCGGUGACACUGCUUCUUGAAAUAUCCAAUAUCUUGAAAACUUGACUGCUGACCUGCAAGACAUUGUGGGGACUAAUGAAACCAAUACCAAAAUAUAGUUUGGAGUGGAAUUGACCUUUAAAUGCUUCAUAACUACCAGCGAUAGUAGUGCAGAUAAAGUAAAGGAGAMGUGGUUUUUGAGAUAUACCCAUAGAGAUGGGUAGAGGACUCAUCUUUGCCAUUAUAGUGUCUGUGACAGCAUGGACAGCGCCAUUGAGGCUACAACCCAUAGGAAUCCC